AUGAGGCUGAAUCUAGGUUUUAAUAUUUUAUGUAUCCUAAUGCAGGUUCUAGAUGCGAGGGACCCACAAGGCACAAGAUGCUACCAUUUAGAGAAGCAUUUGAAGGAGAACUGCAAGCACAAACACAUGGUUCUUUUGUUGAACAAGUGUGAUCUAAUUCCUGCUUGGGCAACAAAAGGAUGGCUUAGAGUUUUGUCGAAAGAAUAUCCAACUCUAGCAUUCCAUGCAAGCAUUAACAAGUCUUUUGGAAAGGGUUCCCUUUUAUCGGUUCUCAGGCAAUUUGCUCGAUUGAAAAGCGAUAAGCAAGUAAUAUCUGUUGGAUUUGUUGGAUAUCCAAAUGUUGGGAAGUCAUCAGUGAUUAAUACAUUGCGUACAAAGAAUGUUUGCAAGGUUGCUCCAAUUCCAGGGGAAACGAAAGUCUGGCAGUAUAUAACUCUUACAAAGAGGAUCUUUUUGAUUGAUUGUCCAGGUGUUGUUUACUACAACAAUGACUCUGAAACAGAUGUUGUGCUGAAGGGUGUGGUACGUGUAACAAACUUGCAAGAUGCUACGGACCAUAUUGGUGAGGUUUUGAAACGUGUGAAGAAGGAGCACUUGGAAAGAGCAUAUAAAAUAAAAGAGUGGGAUGAUGAAAAUGACUUCCUACUUCAGCUUUGCAAAUCAAGUGGCAAACUUCUGAAGGGCGGUGAACCUGACCUGAUGACUGCAGCAAAGAUGAUGCUUCAUGACUGGCAGAGGGGUAAAAUUCCAUUUUUUGUUCGUCCUCCCAGGCAGGAUGACAUGUCCGAGGAACCUAGUGUUAAUGGUGUAGAUGUUGAUGAUGCUGUUGACGGUAAUCAGGCAUCUGCUACUUUUAAAGCUAUCGAUAAUGUUCUUGCAUCCCAGCAGCAAAGAAGUGUACCAUUUCAAAGGGAUUUAUAUAGCGAAAAUGAGUUGAAGGGAGAAUCUACUGACCAACUUCCUAAAACCGGCGAUAAUACAAACACAGAAAUUCUGACCCCCGACAGUGACACAUCUGAGCAGGGUCUAGCCACUGAGUUACCAUCCUAGCAGCUUCUUUCUGCUGAGCUGGUCCUAACAAGUGAGUAAUAAGUUUUGGUUGCAGGCAUAGCCGUUUGGGAACUCUUAUGUAUAUUGUCCGUUGGUUUUAUUUCCAACCCUAAAAAAAGCUCUGAAGAGAACAAGCUCCCUUUCCCCCUUACAUCUUCCAUAUUGGGACUUCAUCUGCCUCACAAAUACGCAUGUCAAAUGCAUUAAUUUUGCGUUCGGGAAUUCUGGUGUUACACAGACGAAAUAGAUAGAGUAUCCAGUUAUGGAGAUCAUAAGAACAUGCAGGAUUUUGGUUUGUUGAGCGUUAGUUUUAGUGAUAUAUUUUGCACUAUGGUAGAAAUUUUGUUUUAUGUAAUUGCAAAUUGGUCCUAAGUUGUAAACGAGGAUAUAAGUAACAUUUUUCUUGAUUAAUGCCAUUACUUUGUCAUCCAUGUUAUGGUGAU